AUGCCCGACUACCUAAGAACACCAGACAAACACCAGGAAUACGCUCAAUCACGCUUCUUCACAGACCUCAACGAGGAUGAACCUCCACAACCAAUGAAGAGCCCAAACUUGUCCGAGUUCAACGUAUCAGAGCCCCCCAUCUCCGUAUCACCAUUGCCACCACCUGCACAGGAGGAUCCACACCAACAUAACGGAUAUAAUGACUACUCAUACCUUCAUGGCGCAAAGGCAGACAAGAAAAAGGAUACGAACCCACCACAUCAUCAAUUCGUAAGACGUAGCUCGACAAACUACGCGGAUGCUUUGAACGAUAAAGAGAAGGCAACCGCUACAACACUCCCCCAUCACCCAAGACAUAAGAGUGGGUCCCCCGAGAUGAACCUACAGGACCUGAGACACGAUCAUCAGAUGCAGAAUACCGAGCAUACCAAGCAUAAGUGUGCAGACAUGGGUGAUUAUAUACUGGGCAAAACUACAACCCCGGAAACGCAACAAGUAGAAGAUACAGACCCAGUCACAGGCUCGCAGGCUGCCACUACUGCUACUAGUACUUCAGCAAUCCCCAAGACAACUCCCGCCGCACCAACUGACGUCCCGCAGAUGCAAAGGAGGAAAUCGUCCUUUGUCUACGAGGACUUCAAGAAGGACAUGUACGACAGGUUGAAGAUGUUCGAAAAGAAGUAA